AUGGCAAUGGCAAACGUACGUGAAAUCCAUCUAGUCAAGGCACCACCAACUUCAGUGGCUCCAACGGCGCCAUACGAUUUGAAUUUAAUCGAUAGCACCAUGGCGAAAACAUUCAUUCGCCAAGCUUAUUUCUUUGAUGCUCCCAAAACUCGACUUUCAUCAGACUUUUGGAUUUCAGCUCUCGUCAAAACCCUCUCACAUUACCGAUUCACCACUGGAACAGUCAUUCGAAAAUCGCCUACUCGUUUGGUCUUGUGUGAAAAUGAUCGUGGAUGCCAUUUGGAGUUUGCUGACUUCCCGAAUCUCACAAUGAAGGACAUGAAACAGGCGAAUUUUACAGCCAAAGUCGUACCUGAUGCCUUGUAUCCUGUUCUGUCUCAGUUUACAAAAGACUGGGCGGCUGCAGCUCGCGGUGAAAGCCCUGAAACCUUCAAACCAUUCACUCGUGACCCAUCAGUCUUGAAAGUACCUUCUCAUAUCCAUGCCGCCCAAGUGAAGCCCGCAUCGGCUUCAGUCUCUGCUCCUGCUGCCGCACCUCCAAUGGCAACACUCGAACCAAUCCUAGAAGACUUUUACGUCUUGCCAUCAUCCAUGAAGGCGCUCAAAGCAUUCGUAAAUACAUUACCACUUCCAGAAGGUCCCAUGAAACACGUCGCUUCCCAAGUAUCCGCAUCCGACUGCCUAUCUGCGUUGCUUUGGUGGUCUAUCGCCCAGGCAUCGAAUGCCAGAACCCUCAAAACAAGGACUAUUUUCGGAUCACCCGUCAAUCUACGUUCGUUGAAGAAACCACUUGUGCAAAUGGAUUAUUCUGGUAAUGCAUGGCUUUCUAUGCAUGAACGUACAUGUAAUUUCCAGAUUGAUGAUUUGAUUGGGCAUGGUGAAGAUGGGAUUCGGAUGGGUGCGUGUGCUAUUCGUCAUGGGAUUUGUGAAUUGACCGAAGAUUAUUUAAAUGGGUAUAUGAAAAACUUUAGACCUGCUACUCCUGAUCCGUCAAUUAUGGGAUUCUUCUUUACUUCAUGGAGAGGAUUUGACCUCUACGACGCUGAUUUCGGAUUUGGAAAGCCCAUUGGAUUCAUUCCUGUACACGCCAAGAGCCCAUACGUGUACAUCAGCUACAUUCUCCCCAUGGCUCCACACCUAGGUGGUGAAUCUGGUGCUGCAUUCCAAUUGUUCCUUGCUCCAGACGAAUUGGAACGACUCAAGGCUAACCCUGUAGGCACCUUGGGACCUGGAUCAGUUUCCAAAUUACGGGAAUUGUUUUUGGCAGGAUUGAAUGUUGUCCGACUCAACUUUAGUCAUAUCUCGGAUCCAGAAUCUCAAACGCCAAUUAUACAUCAAAUUCGAUCUAUUGCGGCGGAACUUCAUCUUGCUAUUGCCAUUCUUGGUGAUUUGGGCGGCCCAAAAAUCCGUUGCAAUGCCUUCAAAGGAGCUCCAUCAAUACAAGUUGUGACAGGCACAAACGUACUUCUCCGCUCAACUCUAGAGUUGGGCGAACCAGGAAUCAUUACUACGGACAUUCAUCAAAUUGUACGGAACUUGCAGCCUGGUCAUCGUGUCUUACUUGACGAUGGAAACAUUGCCAUGAAGAUGGUUUCCAGAACCAACGACGAUGAGAUCGUUUGUCAUGUUACUGCUGGUGGAGAAUUGAAGCCACGCAAAGGUAUCAAUGUACCUGACUUGAAAAUUCCGUUACCUGCCUUGACUGAAAAGGAUAAGAGGGAUGCCAAGUAUAUGUACAAAAUGAGACUAGACUAUGUCGCACUCAGGCGAUACAACUUAAUUCUCUACCUAAUUAUCUACCCUCUUUCUAGCUUUGUCCAACGUCCAGAAGACGUACAAGAUCUCCUAGACUUGUUUACUGAAUGUCAUAAGGAGGAACUUGUCCGUCUCAAAGCAGAAGCGCUUGCAAGCGGGGUAGAAGAGCCCAUGAGAACUGUAGAAGAAGAUAACGAAAUCGAGGAGGACUGGCGUCCACAUAUCAUCUCUAAAAUCGAGAAGCCGCAAGCUUUGGAUCAAAUCGAUGAUAUCAUUCGAAUCACUGAUGGUAUUAUGGUUGCUCGUGGUGAUUUGGGAGUUGAAUGCUCAUUGGAGCAAGUACCUGUGCUGCAGAAGAUGUUGAUUAGAAAGACGAAUCAGGCUGAGAAACCGGUUAUUACUGCCACGCAAAUGCUAGAGUCGAUGGUUCAUGCGCCGGUACCAACCAGAGCAGAAGUAUCGGAUGUUGCAAACGCUGUGUUCGAUGGUACUGAUGCCGUCAUGUUGUCUGCUGAGAUGGCCACUGGAGACUUUCCUGUUGAAACUGUUGCCAUGACUAACUCUUUGACUUUAGCCCCACCUAUUGUCACUGAUAAAGGUGCUGUGUCUGCACGGCGUAAACUGCCAUCCGAGUUUGCACAUGCUAUCGCAGAUGCAGCCACUGAUGCAGGACGAGAAGGCGAUGUGAAGGCUAUGAUCAUAUUCACUACAAGUGGCGAUAUGGCCAUAUACUGCUCAAAGCGCCGACCAACAUAUGCACUGUUGGCUGUCACACCCACUGCCAGUAUCUUCCGAAGGCUGAAUCUUCUGUAUGGUGUUCUGCCGGUAUUGUCCAGUGCCAUGCGUGUGAAGAGAGUUGGAGUACAUGGCAUUUCCAAACUCAAGGAAGAAUUGUCUACCAGCUCCAAUGGACGUGAUUCGCCGCUGCCUUGGGAUAGACACUCACCAACGUCACCAACACAAGCCGUUGGUGAUCCGUACAGACCACCGUCACCUGAACGAGGUGGUGGAAUGGGCAAGAUGGUGUCUAUUCCAUUGACCCGAAACACGGAUACCAUAUAUUCUCAGACUGAAAAGGAUGUAAUUGCAUCGCCUUCAGGACAGUCCAUCGGGUUGAAAACUGGAGAUAAAAUUGUUUUUGCGGCUGGAUAUCAUUCUCCAUAUCCCGGACUUUCGAAUACUAUCAAGAUGGCUAGAUUCGGUGAAGCUGUUAGAUCUGAAAAGACUAGAGCAAUGUGGUCGCAGGCAGCGACCAAGCUCGUGGCUCAGCAAAGAAAGUCUUCCAUGACUGAGGAACUGGCUGGAUCACCUAGCUAA